CUGUGCAAGAGUGGGAGGAGCUAAGCUUGGGAGCCGCGCCGGAGGCAGGGCGGGCGCGAUGACGUCACGGCACGCCGCCGCAGAGCAAUUCGAGGAAGCGGCGGCUGGGAGGAGGAGGAGGUUUUGUGGCCUGCGACUUCCGAGCGGCCCAGGGGAGAAGCGCGCUGUCGGGGUGGGGCGGGCCUGAGGAAACGCUCCGGGGCCCAGCGGCCCUAUCAGUUCCCCUUGGCCGUCCUCGCCCCUCCCCCAAACCACUCAGCGACCGCGUAGGAUGCAGACAUCAGAGCGUGAGGGGUGUGGGCCAGAGGCGAGCCCCAGCGUGAUGCCCGAGGCUUCCCCAGAGUCUCCACCUGCCCCUACCAAGUCUCCGGCGUUUGAUCUUUUCAACUUGGUUCUGUCCUAUAAGAGGCUUGAGAUCUACCUGGAACCCUUGAAGGACGCAGGUGAUGGUGUCCGGUACUUGCUCAGGUGGCAGAUGCCUUUGUGUUCCUUGCUGACUUGCCUGGGCCUCAACAUCUUGUUCCUCACUUUGAAUGAGGGUGCAUGGUACUCAGUGGGUGCCCUGGUGAUUUCAGUGCCCGCCCUUUUGGGCUACCUGCAGGAGGUUUGCCGGCCCCAGCUACCCGAGUCUGAGCUCACGCGGAGGAGGUAUCACAGUGUGAGGCAGGAGGGCCUGCAGAGAGUUCGCUUGUCUCGCCCAGAGGCCGUGGCUGAGGUGAAGAGCUUCUUGAUCCAGCUGGAGGCCUUCCUGAGCCGCCUGUGCUGUGCCUGCGAAGCCGCCUACCGUGUGCUGCAGUGGGAGAACCCCACCGUGUCUUCACAGUUCUAUGGGGCUCUUCUGGGCACGGUUUGCGUGCUGUAUCUGCUGCCUCUUUGCUGGGUCCUUGCUCUUUUAAACAGCACGCUCUUUCUGGGAAAUGUGGAGUUUUUCCGAGUGGUGUCAGAGUACAGGGCAUCUCUGCAGCGGCGGUUGCAUCCCAAGCAGGAAGAGGGUGCCUUCCAGAGCCCACCACCUCCAGAUGUUGGGGGGAAGGGCGUUCUGCCAGACUGUACGCCUGCACCCACACCCACAGAGGACCUCACACCAGGCAGUGUGGAGGAGGCUGAGGAGGCUGAGCCUGAUGAAGAGUUUAAAGAUGCAAUUGAGGAGACCCACUUGGUGGUGCUGGAGGAUGAUGAGGGUGCCCCAUGCCCAGCAGAGGAUGAGCUGGCCCUACAGGACAACGGGUUCCUGAGCAAGAAUGAGGUGUUACGCAGCAAGGUGUCACGGCUCACAGAGCGGCUCCGCAAGCGGUACCCCACCAACAACUUUGGGAGCUGUACAGGCUGCUCGGCCACCUUCUCGGUGCUGAAGAAGAGGCGGAGCUGCAGUAACUGUGGAAACAGCUUCUGCUCCCGGUGCUGCUCCUUCAAGGUACCCAAGUCCUCCAUGGGGGCCACAGCCCCAGAAGCCCAGAGAGAGACUGUGUUUGUGUGUGCCUCGUGUAACCAGACCUUGAGCAAGUGAGAAGAGGGGAGAGGGUCCAAGCGGGCGCCGGUCCGUGAGCCAGCAGUAGACCCCACUGUCCCCACCCUUAGCCCCAUGUGGCGUGUGCUGGGCAAAUGUGGCCUGAACUCUAGGUAGGCUUCCCCUUCCUGCCCUUACCAUCUCCAGCUGGGUUCUGGAACUGUUCCCCACUCCUGAAGAUGGCCAGUAAUGACUGCCCUCAAACCCUAGAGGGAAGAGGAGCCCUUCAGAGGCCCUGGCACGUUUGCCUUGCUCUUCCCUGGCCUGUUAGUGGACUCAGGGCUGGGCGGGGAAUGUAAGCUAGAGGGCAGCAGUGAACCACGCCUGGUCUGGACUGGGAUCUCUGAGAAUCAGGACGUCUCUCCACAGCUGGGAAUUCUGAGACCGGAGAUUCAGAAGUUGGGAAAAGAGAUUCAUCCUCCCAGUGGGUCCUGGGCCAGCCCCUUGGCCUCUGAGAGUCUGCAGAGUGCUAUGCCCAACUCUGCUGUUUGAAUGUCCCUCUAGGCAUCAGGAUCUCGUCAUUUCCCCACCAGAGAGUGUGGCCAGGGCUAACAAGACCAAAAGUGCUUCUGGAAACAGGGUUGAAAUUCUCAAGUUCCCCCAGAGGAGGACAUAUCUAGUGGGGCUUGGCAGAAUCCUUAGUCUUAACUGGAGCAAAACAUAGAGAGCCCCAGCAGCCCAAAGGGUCUCAGCCCUGCCUUAUGGAGACCUUGACUUGCGAAUUUCAGCCCUCAUGUUUCCCUGGUGUCUUCAGCCCUGCUGGAUCAAUGCCAGGCACUCAGAUCACUUCUGUUCCCCCUGUUCAGAGCCUUGGGCUUCUCUCCUCUGGUUCAGAGCUAUAUUUCCCUUCCCCAGCCCCUCAUCCCACAGAGUGUGAGACCAGGUGAGCAGAGCAGAGGUCCCGAAGCCCUUGACCCUUGGCCUGGGAAGUGUAGGAUCUCUCUGGGCUGGGUCCUAGAUUCCAGGGUUGUUCCCCAGCAGGACAGUCUCAGUUGUGGGAUAAGGCCACUUGGGGUCCCCAUCCUCUCUCCAACAAUUUCAUAUUUACUUUUAGACUCGGGUUCUGUGCCUCUCUAAGCCAUGAGUGGACCCAGGCACCCCUUCUUUCCCCUGGAGCUGCCCUGCCUUUUGAAGUAUUUAUUUAUUUAUUGCAUGGUUCCUGGGAACAUAUGGCACAGGGGAUGGGCUGAGGAAGAUGGGGCUUCUUCGACCCUAGGAUGCUUCCCUGGAGUCUGCCUGGGACCCAGAGUCCGUAGGAAGUGGAGAUGUUUCUCUACCCUGAGCAGAGACUGAGGAGGCAGGUUGGGGAGACAAGGACCAUCCUAGGCCAGUUUUCUUGUAAGGCCAACCAGUCUAGCUAGGGCGUGGCAACCAGGGACCUGCUGCAGGCCAGCGAGGUACAAGUCCCUGGGGAAUCAGGCAGGCUUUGGUGUAUGGCCUUGCGUGGGCUUCUUUGUCUUGUUCAGAGAUGAGCGUUAAGUACCCUGUGCUUCAUUUACACUGGAGUGGAACUAAUAGGACUUCUGUGUAUAUGGAGAAUUGUCAAUAAAAAGGCCUCAAGCUUC